GAAAAUUUUGCAGCCUUUGUCGAGAAUGCAUUAAUAUAGUGUGCAUUCUUUUUUUGAAUAUGUCUUAUGCUCCUUAGGUCUCAUUCCCUAUUUUUCUCGUUCAUUAUCCUUCAAAACGUUUGCACGUAUACAGUGUGACUAUCUUUAUGCUGAUGUGAAUGGAAAUUGUUUUAUGACUUCACGUUUAUGAAGAAAAUAUUUAGUAGAUGAAUGGAAAUGAACGAUGGAAAAGAAUGUCUCGAUGCACUGGUUUAAUUAAAAAGUGAUAUGAUGACUUAAGCUUACCAGUUUUUAAAUUUUUUGGAAAAUUUCCACUUUUGAAAAAUCAGUAGUUGGAUUAUAUGAUAUUGCUUGAAGAUGAUGAAAUGUUUUUAUAGUGAACACUCUUGCAUUAUUUUUGCUAUGUGCUACUUAAUUAAGCAGUUAAUGGGGUAAUGUCUGUCCUUGUUAAAAAGUUAUCCAAGGUGAGCAUUCAUUGGAAAGAGAGCGGAUACUUGCCUAAAUAUAACGAAAUAUAGAUAAAAAGAGCUGCAUAUUUUCUCCUUCUGCCUCGUCUCAGGUCUUCAUGGUGGAAAAAGCUGAAAAAGAUGAUGAGAGAACAUCUUACCCUCUAUGGUCUCGUCUUGCCGCUAUGUUCUUUUCGAUUGCUCUUGUUGCGAUAGUUUUCACCUUAUUAGCGCUCUUCACGUCUUCCGCUGUAGUUCCGAAAAGAGAAAUGCCUCACAUAAUAUUCAUUUUAGCAGAUGACCUGGGAUGGAAUGAUGUUAGUUUUCACGGGUCACCGCAGAUCCCUACGCCUAAUAUCGAUGCUCUUGCUGCAAGCGGAAUUGUGCUCAACAACUAUUAUACGCAUCCACAAUGUACUCCAUCGAGAGGAGCUCUUUUAUCAGGAAAAUAUGCUAAUAGACUUGGUUUGCACCACGGAAAUUUAAGGCCAGCAGAAGCAUCAGGUUUACCUUUGAACAUUCCAGUUUUACCUGAAUAUCUCAAAAAGAAAGGUUACAAGACUCAUAUGGUGGGAAAAUGGCAUUUAGGCUAUCACAAAAGGAGUUAUUUGCCCACAAGACGAGGAUUCGAUACCUUUUUUGGAUUUCUGAAUGACAACAUUGAUUACUACGAUUACACAUAUUAUUAUAAAGAAAGUGCUUCACCACCAAAAAGAAAUGAUACAGCUGAAUCCGGCGGCUCGGCUAAGCAAGAAAGCGCAACAGAAAUGCAAACAUCGAAUGACAUAGUAGAAAAUUCAAUUGAGCUGUUUGGAAUCGAUCUGUGGGAGAAUGAAGAAGUGGUUCGAGAUUUCCGGGGCGAAUAUGCAACAGAUGUGUUCACAGCGAAAACUUUAAGUGUCAUAGAAGAACACAAUGCUACAAAGCCUUUGUUCCUUUUCGUGUCUCAUGCUGCUUCCCAUGUUGGAAAUCCAUUCUUUCCUCUGCAGACACCAGCACAGUUGUAUGAGCUAAACAAUCACAUAAGCGAUAUCAACAGACGAAUUUAUGCAGGCAUGGUUACAUCGUUGGAUGUUUCCAUUGGAAAAAUAUUUGAAGCUUUAAAUAAUAAAGAUAUGCUGCAGAAUUCUAUAAUUGUAGUAAGUUCUGAUAAUGGAGGGGCGUCUGGAUCAGGUUCUAACUGGCCGCUCAGAGGAGGAAAAUUUCAGUUAUGGGAAGGAGGAGUGAGAUCUCUGUGCGUUGUUUGGAGUCCUUUACUGAAACUCAAAAGGUCAAGGAUUUCUAUGCAACUGAUGCAUAUUACAGACUGGCUUCCGACUUUUUACCAGCUGGCAGGGGGUGACAUCAACGAUCUUGGUGAUAUCGAUGGCAUGGAUAUGUGGCCAGUGCUCAUCGACGAAGAGAAACCUUCUCCACGAGAGGAAGUUCUUCUGAACAUUGAUCCUGUUGAUCAAGUUGGAGCCUUAAGAAAAGGAGAUAUGAAACUGCUUGUGAGUGGGACUGAACUGAAUGGAAGCGAAUGGUAUGGCCCGUCGGGUCUGGAAGAAAGUAAUGUUACUAACUCUAUAGAUGAAUGGGUUUGGAAAAAUGGUAGCCUUAUAAAAGACCUUCUGAUGGAAUCUAAACAGUGGAUUUUGCCCGAAAAUGACACAUGGAGACAAGAUGCUGCAAUUAUAUGCGGAGAAAAUUUCCUCCCCGUAUCGGGUAGAUGUGAUUUUUCAGAAGGUCCUUGCUUAUACAAUAUAACAGAUGAUCCAUGCGAGUACAAGAAUGUAGCAAGAUUAUAUCCCGAUAUUGUAGAGUCUUUAUUGGAUCGCUUGAGAGAAUUGAACGCCACUUCUCUUCCUCUUCAACCGAAAGAAAUUGAUCCUUUAGGUAAUCCCAUGUGCCACAAUUUUGCUCAUGUACCUUGGAUGGAUGAAGAUGAAUCAUUUCAAUGUUUAGUCAAUAAAUAAAGAAAAAUCACAAAAAUGUAAUUCAAUAAAAAUCUUCUUUCAAAACUUAA